AUGAAGACCCCUGAUGAAGCAAUGGACUUAAUUGAAAGCAUGGAUGCUAGUGACAUUGCCAUUUUGAGAGACCGAGCCCAUAUUCCUACCAAGAAGAGUUUAUUGGAGCUAACCUCACAGGACACUCUAUUGGUUACAGGAUGUACAAUUUGUGGUGGAGCUCAUGAAUCCGGAUACUGUAUUCCUAAUGAAGAGCAAUUUGCAUAUGAAGUCAAUUAUAUGGGGAAUCAACCUAGAGGUAAUUUCAAUACAAGUGGAUUUCCAGGACUUCAGAACAACCAGCAGUAUCAACAACAGAGACAAUGGCAAAAUCACCCUGGUAACCAAUUCAACAGAGACCAGGGUGGUUCAUCUACAAGGCCACAACAACAGAUGCCAAGUCUCUAUAACCGAAAUCUAGCUCAAUUCAUGCAAGUGUCAAUGUCUAACCAAAAGAGAAUUGAGAGUGUAAUUAAGAAUCUGGAAGUCCAGGUGGUCCAGCUUGCAAAGCAAUUAGCUAAAAGACCAUCAAAUAGCUUUAGAGCAAACACAGAGAAAAAUCCUAAAGAAGAGUGCAAAGCUGUGAUGACUAGGAGCAAAAUGGUGAUUCAAGCGGAGGAAAGUAGAGCUGAUAAGAAGGUGGAGGGAUUUAAACAACAACUGGCUGAUGAACUGGCAUUAGAACCGGUUGUUGAGUUUGAAAAGAAGGAAGGCAAGAGUGAGGCUAACAUUGAAAAGAAGAAAGAGGCUACUUCUAUUGAAUGCAAGGAGGAACCUUAUCCAUUGGUACCCUCCCGGAAGGAUAAAGAGCGACAUUUGGCCAGAUUUCUUGAUAUCUUCAAGAAACUGGAAAUUACUUUGCCAUUUGGAGAAGCACUUCAACAAAUGCUCCUCUAUGCCAAAAUUUUGAAGGAUUUGUUAACCAAGAAGAACCGGUACAUCCAUAGUGACAAAAUUGUUGUGGAAGGUUACUGUAGUGUUGUUAUUCAAUGCAUUCUUCCACCCAAGCACAAAGAUCGUGGAGUUGUCACAAUACCGUGUUUUAUUGCUGAGGUUGUUGUUGGCAAAGCUCUCAUAGACUUGGGAGCCAGUAUCAAUUUAAUGCCUCUUUCCAUGUGCCGGCGACUUGGAGAGAUAAAGAUAAUGCCCACACGCAUGACCCUCCAGUUAGCUAACUGCUCCAUUACACCGCCAUAUGGAGUCAUUGAAGAUGUUUUGGUGAAGGUUAAACACCUUAUAUUUCCACCUGAUUUGGUUGUCAUAGAUAUAGAAGAGGAUGCUGACAUUCCUCUCAUUCUUGGCUGCCCAUUCAUGUCUAUUGCAAGCUGCAUGGUAGACGUGGGAAAGAAGAUACUGCAGAUGGGCAUAGAAGAUCAACUUUGA